AUGAUGAUCAUAUCCCCUCCGCCGCCCGCCCGUCUCGCCCUCGCCCUCCUCCCCUUCCUGCUCGCGGCGGCACCGACCCCCGCGCACGCAUACAUCCCGGCCCAGGCCACGAACGACACCGCGCUCGCCCAGGCCCAGGGCCUCAACACCUCCGACGUCUCCCUGCUCACGCUCCAGUGGGCCGGUGGCGAGGCGACGAGCGAGACGGUCUCCUACUCUCUCGUGGGCGCGGACAGCCAGGGGCUGGCGCAGGGAGCCCUCGUCCAUUUCUCCGAGGACAACCUGAACAAUGACACAACGUCUACCCCUUGGAUCGCGCUCAUCUCGUGCGACAAGAACUCGACGCACUCGGACCCAGACGAGGACAUCUUCACGCUUGCUAAGGAAAGAGGGGCGAUUGCUGCACUCCUCUACACCGUCAAUGCAUCGAGCUGCCUGAUCAAUCCGUACUACUCCAAUCCGGCCAACUUCGACCAGGUCAUGGACGUCUACAUGACGCAGUCUCUCAAGAACUCCGUGCGGGUGGAAAGCGUUUUUAACAAAACGAACUCCACUGCACCGAGGGGUUACUAUUUUAGUGCUUCCGUCUUGAACGAUUCCAGUGCCGCCGUCACCAGUGCUAUCAAUGGCGGCCCCGUGAACAGCACAGGACUCAUCUUCGCGACGCUCUCGGCGUGGAACGUCUCGGACAGCCCGUCGACGACCAACAGCACCCCUGCGGACCCAGGUUCUAAUCGGCCUGGUGGUGCCCAGAGCACCAGCCUAGCCAUGAUCAUCCUGUAUGCCAUCACGGGCUGCGUCUCCGCGCUCUUCUGCGUCGUCAUUGUCUCCGGGGCGAUCCGCGCGAUCCGCCAUCCCGAGCGCUACGGGCCGCGCUCAGGUGACGCAUUUGGCCCCGACGGCACCCUGGGCCCGCAGUCGCGCGCCGGCGGCCUCACUCGCGCGAUCCUCGACACGUUCCCCGUCGUCAAGUUCGGCGGCUCGAACGCGAGUGCUUCGGGUGGGCCGGCGGCGGCCCCCGCCGCGCGCACGAAGGACAUCGAGAGCACGGACGAGAGCGACGGCUCGCACGCCGCGGUCGAGCUCCGAGAUCUGGAGGAGGACCGGAAGAGCAUGGACACGAUCGCGUCGGAGCGGCGAGCCGCGCCGCCGUCGCGCACGGAGUCGGCCCCGGUCGCGAGCACGAGCACGAGCACGAGCCCGCGGGCCAGCUCGUCGACGGACCCGGACCCGCACGCGGAGCCGCGCGCGCCGGUGCGCCGUCCGCAGAAGGACGCGGGGGGCGGCGAGAAGGAAAAGGACGUGGUGCCGGACGCGAUCGGGCACGAGACGUGCCCGAUCUGCAUCGUCGACUUCGAGGAGGGCGACGACCUCCGCGUGCUCCCGUGCGAGGGCCACCACCGCUUCCACCCGGCGUGCGUCGACCAGUGGCUGCUCGAGCUCUCGAGCAGCUGUCCCAUCUGCCGACAAGACUUCCAGGCGCUGCAGACGAUGAUGACCGCGACGGACGCGACCGCGGACGCGGAGCUCGAGCCGCCUCCCGCGCUCGGCGCGGCGGCGACGCCGCACCGCCCGCUCUCCUCCGCCGCCGCGCGCUUCUCGCGCUACCUGCGCGUCGCGCGCCAUCGCCGCCGCGCGGGCGAGGGCGAGGGCAUGAGCGCGGCCGCUGGGCCCGACCCGACGAAUCCGUAUGCGCCGCUCGCGCCGCGGACGACGCUGCAGAUGUAG